UUUAUUAGUGCCACUGGUUGCUGGAUAGUAGAUAUAGCUACAUUUCCUGGGAUUCCGAGCCGAGUUAACUACAGAAGAAUAAAAAGUUUGGUUUGUAAAAUGCCCAAAAGGAAAAUUGAUGCAGAUAAUGAAAAACCUGAAUCUGAAUCUACAGACAAUAAGAAGGCUCACUGGUCUUUAGGACUGUUGAAAUCAAUAAAUGACCCCGAAUUGAUUGUGAAAUCCGAUGAUUUAGUUACAGUUAUAAAAGAUGCAUAUCCUAAAGCAGAAUUCCACUACUUAGUUUUGCCUAAAGAAGACAUUAGCAGCUUGAAAGCAUUGAAGAAAGAGCAUGUACCUAUCUUGAAACACAUGGAGGAAGUAGCUAAGAAACUUAUUGGUGACGAAAAACACAAACAUCGUAAUUUCAAGUUAGGAUAUCAUGCUGAAGCUAGCAUGGCAAGAUUACAUUUACAUAUUAUAAGUGAUGACAUGAAUUCCCCUUGUGUGAAAACUAAGAAACAUUGGAACAGUUUCACUACCAAUUUUUUUCUCAGCUCAACAGAUGUAUGGAAAAGCUUGAAGGAAAACGGUGAAGUUACCCUGCCUUCUAAAGAAACCUGUGUGCAAUUGAUGAAUACCCCUUUGAAGUGUCAUAAGUGUGAUUAUUUACCAAAACAUUGUCCAGAUCUAAAAAUGCAUAUUAAAAGUCAUAUUUAGAGGCUAUAUAUACACCUGUGUGACCUGUGCACAUAUUACCUACUCCAUUAAUUCAAAUCUUUGUCCUCAGUGUCUUUUAUUAUUCAAGUUAUAAUAUACUUUACCUUAGUUAUGGUCAUUCUGAUCUUUUAUCAUAUUGAUAUUUAUAUAGUUCAUUGGAAAUUGCAUUUUAGUGACUUGAUAAGUUUAUGAUCCCCUGAUUUUUGCACAAAAAUGUUAAGUUACUUAUUAUUGUUUCAUGAAUGAAAGCAGA